GCGCUGCAGCAGGCUUGGGCCUGAGACCCCCCAGGCUGGGGAAGGGUCCCAGAGCCGGAACUCAGCGCUAUAUGGGAAGCGAGAUGGCUGGGGCUGGGCCUGAAGCCCCCUCCACCAGCUCACUUCCUCUGACCUUGGUGUAACAUGAUGCGCAGCGGUUCCUCCCACCUCCGGCAAAACAUUCAAGAAACGAAACUACUGGGCAGGCCCGGCCCCCAGCCCCAGUGCUCCUGCCUAUAUCCGGACCGCAUCUGCGCCGGCUCUGCCUUGGGGAACACACGUCUCCAUCCUGCUCCUCAGCUUCAGUGCUUUCCCUCUGCGCCAGAGAUGAUCAAGGAGGAGCACGAGGUGGCCGUGCUGGGGGCGCCCCAGAGCCAGGCACCCAUGGCGACCACAGUGAUCAACAUCCGCAGCGAUACUGCUGUGCCCGACCACAUCGUGUGGUCCCUGUUCAACACCAUCUUCAUGAACUGGUGCUGCCUGGGCUUCGUGGCAUUCGCCUACUCUGUGAAGUCUAGGGACCGGAAGAUGGUCGGCGACAUCACUGGGGCCCAGAGCUACGCCUCCACCGCCAAGUGCCUGAACAUCUGGGCCCUGGUCCUGGGCAUCUUUCUGACCAUUGGAUCGAUCGUUCUUCUCAUUUUUGUCUACAUGGCAGCCUACGAGAUGGCUUUGAGGAUGGCGAAAAAUAGAGGCUACUAGCCGCUGUCCAUGGAGGCAGUCCAGGGCCUCCACCUUCCUUGGUGGCUUUGCACCCGAGGCACGGGCCCGCCCCGCCCCCAAGCCAUAGGCAGCAGUUUAUAGACACAGAUUGUCAACCACUGAAUCAAUAAAGCGCCCUUGUCUGUGAA